GUGUCGUGUCGGUGUCAGUCGGUGCAGCGCGCGGUGACACUCGGCCGACACCAGGCGGAGCGCGCAGUGAGGUACACCGACACUCAGCACUCACCGCAGCUACAGGAGCACUCUCCGCUCGCCCUGCCAUGCGCCUGCUCUCCUGUUUAUCGGUCUGUGUGCUGGCGCUGGUCGCCGCCGGGCCGGCGCUCGCGCUCACCCAGGGGAGCGGUUUCCGCUGGUUCUGGCGCGGCUCCUCGGGCGGCAGCACCACCCACAAGUUCUCCAUCUCGUCGGGCACCGGCAGCACCACGGGCACCCACUCGAUGGUGGUGGUGCGCGUCAAGGACAGCACCGGGCGCACCGUGGUGCUGGACCCGGCCAACCCGCACACCUCGCGCCGUGUGGUGCACGGCUUCUCCGGCAAGGGCGCCAACAAGGCCACCUUCACCGUCACCAAGACCAUCGGCGGCAUCUCGUCCAACGGCGAGAUUGUCAAGCCGUCCAAGUACAUGCAGCCGCCGCCGGUGACGCCGGUGGAGGCGCCGGCGGCGGCCCCGGAGCCGGCACGCUGGUUCCGGCCGCCCCCGGUGGACGCCACGCCGGCGCCCACCGAGCCGCCCACCACCACGACCACGGCGCGGCCGACACGGCUGGCGCAGCUGAGCCGGCUGAUCGUGGGGCCGCCCACCGAGGAGCCGCCCACCGGCGGCUACCUGCCGCCCUCGGCGCCGCUGACCGAGGCGCCCUCCGCUGAGGGCUUCGUCCCCGAGCUGACCGGCGCGUCGGCCCCGGCGCCCACGCCCACGCCCGCCUCGCACGUCGCCAAAGAUAUCCGCCGUAACCUGAGCGGGCGCGUGGACGGCAGCGUGUUCUUCGGCAUCCUACCGGUGAUUAACGACCUGCAGCGGACGCCGCAGGCCAAGACCGAGCCGCCGCCCAAGGUCAUCAUAUCACGUCGGCCCGGCAAGUGCCCGUUCAUCAACAUGAUGCGGUGUCCGGCGCCGUCGGUGCCGCAGUCGGGCCGCUGCAGUAACGACAGCCAGUGUCCGACGGAGCAGCGCUGCUGCUACAACCCGUGCGCCGCCAGCAGCCAGUGCCUGACGGCAGUGCUGUGACCGCGGCCCGGUCAGCGCGCAUGCGCCGUACCGCGCGCCAGGCAGUGGCGCUCGACACUGGCCGCCGAGGUUUGAGGACCCCAGCGGCUGAAGCCGGCCCGCGCCGCGCCGGCUGGGCUGCCGGGACGCCGAAGGACCUGCUCUGGAAGGCGGCGGGGAUGGAGGGGCCGGCCGGCCGGGCUGGGGAGGGACGUGUGGUCCCACAGCCCCGCCUCAGCGUCCCACGUCACGGUGUCAGUUAGGUGUUACGGUGGUAUUGAACUUGCAGCCAGUGAUAGGAAAGCGGCGCCGAGGACUCGAACUGGGGAGAAGCGGAGGGAGAGGUCCGGCGGUGUGAGAGGGUCGAGAAAUGCCGCUGGCGUGGUCGUGCCUCCCCAGUGAGCGCAGGAGAAGCAUGAGAGGGGCUACCCUGAGACCCGAAACUCCUUCCGAACAGGCGGGCUCCCCAAGGGUGCGGGAAACGUCUCGAAGAGAAGUACGUUGGAGUGAUCCGCCUACUGGCGACAUCGUUGAUCGCCCUGUUAGGACCGCAGGCGGUGUGGCCGAGCGCUGGACUUGGACUGCUGGAAUAGAGUUCCCGAGAGUGCCUUGAAGCGACGAGCGUGGCCUUGCGUCCGGUGCGAUCAAUCCUUAGAGACAUGUCGACAUAGAGAUCUAAUAUAUAAAAUAUAUAAGAUCUCUAUGCAUGUCGACUGCAGAAUCGCUCCCAAAUCAAAAUUGUUGUGUAACGAAACCCCAUGUUUGGGUUGAAGUCGGACUCGUGUUUUAUGUCCACAUUUUUUACGCUUGGAAGUUUUGCAUUGAAGGUCGGAAUGAUAUUUACUCUGAUAUCGGACAAAUAUCGUUCGCCCACGCACAAGACUAGUGUAGGUACUGAUGUCACUGCUUUAUCCACGCCCGGAUUUGUUGGGUCAAUAAUGUAUCUACGAGCGCAACUCUUCGGCCCGCAGAGGGCCGAGUCAAACUGCCAAUACACAGUAACCAAUGACCUGUUGU